AGAAAAAGAAGCGCAAUGUGUGCGGUCAAGCUAGAUACCCGGCCAACGGCACGAGACCUCUAACGCAAGAGAAGUUAGUGAAGACCAUUAAGCCUACCGCAGCCGCCGUUCCAAAAACCAUAUAGUUGUGGCACUGCCCGGGCAGGCUGCCCUCGUGUGCGCCGCAUGCGACGAUGAUGCCCUAGAAAAUGAGGAUGCGCUGGCUGCUCCUCCUCGCCGCCGCAGCCGCCACCGCGCCGUGCACGCGCAACGCGACGCGCUUCACGCUCUACGGCGAGCGCCACAGCGGCACGAACCUGCUGCAGCACCUCGUCGAGCAGAAUUUCCGCGUGGACGUCCGGUUCCAGUGGGGCUGGAAGCAUUUCUGGCUCGCGAACGCGUCCGAACCGCGCGCGCCGGAGCCGGACGCCGACGUCGCGGUCGCCGUCUCCCUCCGCGAGGUCUCCGCGUGGCUCGCGUCCAUGCACAGGAAGCCGCACCACAGCCCGCGGCCGCGCGGCCAGGGCAUCGGCGCGUGGCUCAUGCACGGGCCCUGGAUCUCCUACAGCUCGCCGAACCACAACAAGUGGCCCGUGGACCCCGCGGCCACGCGCGUCGAGACGGCCUCGGACGUGCUGGCUCUACGGGCGGCCAAACUCAAGGCCUUCGCGGGCCUCGCGGGCCGCCCGCGGACGGCCUUCUUCCGCUACGAGGACGUCCAGUACGACCAGGCGGGGACGCUCCGGCGGCUCGCCGCGGAGCUCUGCCUGCCGCUCCGCGAGGACGCCAGGGGCGUGGACCGCCGCAAGGUCGGGCCCGGUCUCGCGCUGCGCGCGCAGCGCCUCGCGCCCGUGCGCCCGGGCGCGCUCAUCGCGCGGAGCGAGUGCGACCUCGACGCGCGCCUCGGUGGGCCCGCGCGCGAGUUCUACUGCCGCGGCGUCGACCGCGACCUGGAAAGGCGCGCCGGCUACCCGGCCGCGGGCCUGCGGAGCUGCUACCGCGCCUGGGGGCUCCCCGAGCCGCCAAACCCCUGCGCGAAGAAGAAGCCGCGCCCCCCCGCGCGAAUGGGUCGGAAUUUGAGGGUGGCUUUUUAUGACCUCCACGACCCCAUCGCCAGAGUACUACUCGCACCGCGAGCUGGUGUAUUAUCUUUUAUCCCCCGGCGGUACGUUCUCAUCAUCAACCAGCGCGCGGGCGGCACGUGGAUCACGGAGACUCUCAACUCGCACGCUCAGCUCCACAUCGCCGGCGAGUUUGUGACAUUCAAGCCAGCGGAGCACCGCGUGCCACACAUCGAGCGAUUCUUCGCCAGCGCCGAGGAGUGCAACGAGACGCGCUACCGCGCGUGCGGCCUUCGUAUCCCGUACAAGCCGUUUGUCGAGUCUGAGGUGAUGCGCUGGCUCGAGCGGCACGCAGAGCGCGUCGGCGCGAUCCUCGUCACCCGCUGGAACAAGCUGUCGCACCUGGUGUCGCACACGAGCACACGUGAGAUUCAGAAGGCGACGGGCGACAUCGGGAAGGCCUAUCACUGCCGCGACCACAGGGCGUGCGCGGCCCACGGAGUCGAAGUGACGAUAGAGACGCCGACGUUACUGAAGCAAAUGAGAGAGAUGGUCGACGCGGACACCCAAAUGCGAGCGUUGCUGAACCACAGCAAGCUGCGCUGGCGAGAAUUCGUAUACGAGGACCUGAUGACUGGGGGGUUCGCAAGCAUGAUCGAUUUCCUGGGAGCCGACCCGAGCUCGCGCGUCAAAUCGACGCUCGUCAAACGCAUCACGCGCCCGCUGGCCGAAACCAUCGAGAAUUUUGGCGACGUCGAGCAGAUCAUCGGCUCGAGGCUGCCAUACCGAUGCUUUCUGGAGCUCGACGUGAGCGAGACGAAUGCAACGAGCGAGUGCGUGGCACUGCGGCAUGCCGCGAAUCGAACUCAUCAAGUGGGUAAGAUACUAGCAGAUUUACUCAUCUCAACAAGAGCUAUGAUCUUGAGGUUCUAGGCAUCACAACAACAACAAGGGCG